AUGGCUGUGGUGAUGCUCUCCUGUGAGGACAUCUCCAUCAGCAACAUCUAUGGUGUAACAAUUGGCUUCCUGGUACUCAUAAUUGAUUCUACGUUCAUUGGCUUGUCCUAUGUCCUCAUCUUCCGGGCUGUAAUGAGCUUGUCUACCACAGAGGCCCGUCUUAAGACCUUCAGCACUUGCACCUCACACAUUUGUGCCAUCUUGAUCUUCUACAUCCCCAUCGUUGUCUCCUCCCUGAUACAUCGGUUUGGGCGCAAUGUGGCUCCUGCAGCUCACAUCCUCCUGGCCAACUUCUAUCUCAUCUUCCCUCCCGUCUUGAAUCCCAUUGUGUAUGCCGUCCGGACAAAAGAGAUCCGGAGGAGGCUGGCCAAGAUGCUGUUGUGGUGCAGAGGUGGCCUUGAGUAA